AUGGCACUCGCGGCUCCCCUAGUCUCCUCCGGCGACGAUGGCACAACCGCUGCCCAAAAGUACGGCUGGAACACGAUUGUCCGGCAAGACAACUUUGACGGUGACACUGUGUCCUCGUCAUGGGGCAUGUACGACGGCCCCGGCCACGCAGGAAAUGGCCGCCGCUCUCCAGCUGCUUUCUCGGUCAAAGACGGCAUCCUUACCGUGACUGGCACCCCAGACGGAACCACCGGAGGCAUGGCCUGGAAGCAAGGCUCAUUGUACGGGCGAUGGGAGACCCGUGCCCGAUAUACCGCUGGGACCUCAGCAUAUCACCCUGUCCUGCUUCUGUGGCCGGACAAGGAGGACUGGCCAGUUGGUGGGGAGGUGGAUUACUCUGAGGUUGGCGAUGGGACGCGCCAGAAUCUUGAUUUCUUCCUUCAUUAUGGACAGGAUAACCAGCAAGAGCAUGGGUCUACUAAAGUUGAUAUGACACAGUGGCAUAAUUAUGCUGUGGAGUGGACCAAGGACCAUGUUGUUGGGUAUGUAGAUGGCACGGAGUUCUUUCGAAACAAGAACCCGGCGGCUGUCCCGCCUCGGUCGAUGCAUGCUACCAUUCAGCUUGAUUGGUUUCCUGAAGAUGGCGAGAAGGGACCUGGCAAGAUGGAGGUGGACUGGAUUAGACAGUACAGUAUCUAA